AUGCAGACUGUGUUUGACCGCAUAUCCUUCAGACCGGCAGUCAACCUGAGCAAUCCCACCAUUACAAACAUCUCCUUCACCCUGUAUGCUGUCCUGGGCGUGAAUGAGAAGACCCAGAUCCUCACUACUUUCCUGUGGUUGAGAUUGUACUGGCACCAUCAGUUCCUGGUUUGGGACUCUGAUGCUUGUGGCGGAGUCACCAGGAUUUCUCUGCCAGUCAAAGAGCUCUGGGUGCCUGACAUCAUCGUGUAUGAGUUCGUGGACGACGACGUGUCACAGCAAUGCCCCUACGUCUACGUCAACCACACAGGCCACAUCCGCUGGGACAGGAUGCUGCGCCUCGUCAGCGCCUGCAACCUGGAAAUCUUCAGCUUCCCCUUCGAUGUGCAGAACUGCUCGUUUACCUUCGGCUCCUACAUGCACACCAUAAAGGAUGUGAGGUUGACUCCAGCCCUGUCCUUUGAGGAGAUGUCAGGGAACUCGAAACAGUACCUGGAGGCUAGUGGGGAGUGGGAGCUGGUCAACAUCUAUGGAGAGACGUCUGUCCUCAAGUUUGGCAUCGACGAAUGGGACAUCAUCACUUUCUGGCCCGCUAAAACAGGGAUAUCUGCUGUCUCUCUGCUCUCCAAUAUGUAUCCUAAUACAUCUGCUGUACUUGCUUCAUCUCCCCACCAGGUGGUGAUAAAGCGAAGGCCAGUGCUCUACGUGGUCAACCUGCUCAUCCCCAGUUCCUUCCUCAUGCUCAUCGACAUCCUCUCCUUCUACCUGCCCCCUCACAGCGUGGACCGCGCCUCCUUCAAGAUGACCCUUAUUUUGGGCUACACCGUCUUCCUGCUCAUCAUGAACGACCUGCUGCCCAGCACGGCCAACGGCACCCCCCUCAUAGGAAUUUACUUUUCAGUGUGUCUGGCUCUCAUGGUCAUCAGCCUGUUGGAGACAGUCAUCAUCACUAAUGUGCUCCAUUCCAACUCCAAGAAGUACCGCGAGGUGCCCCACUGGGUUCGUGUGGUCAUUCUGAAGCACAUCGCCCGUAUGAUCUGCUACCAGUGGCCCGAGGAGCUUGUUCAACCCUCAGCCUCCAGAGGAUCCACCCAGGAUGACAAGACAGACAGACCAAACCCCACAAGCCCUCCCUGGGUCCUUGCACCAGCCAACCCUGUGCACAUCCCUGCCCAGCACACUACAAGCACCAUUGGUCCUGGGGUGGUGUCCUCUGUGCCUGAGCUGCGUCAGAUCUGCCAGGACCUGAGUGACUUGCGUGCCCAUCUAACGUCGAUGCAGAAGGAGGGCGUGCUUCAGGAACAGUGGUGCCACGUAGGCUACGUACUGGACUUCCUGCUCUUCCGUAUCUACCUCCUCCUCAUCUCAUGCUACGCCAUGGUCAUUAUCUGUAUGUGGUGCAUCUGGAUCAACCAAUGAGAGACCAAAAGGGUGCAUUUGUUUUAACUUGCCCAUUCCAUUGGUCUGAAAGUGACAUCUCAGAUCACCUCAGUGGGGCGAACUAAAACAAAUGCACCCAGAGAGAGAAGAAAGAAGGGGG